AGUACUUAAAAGUGCAUUCUCAUUAAGGCUUUAUAUCAUCGUAUUGCACUAAAGUAUCGUUAAAUUCCCUAACUAAAGCAUGUUUUAUAAUAACAAGUCUAAUAAUAUAAUAUAUCUUUAAUUUAUGGUAAAUGCUUGUUUUGAAUGCAGGUAUAUCUCACAAUUCAAAGGAUUGAUUGCUGUGAUUAACAAUUGAAAGUGAAGAGACAAAAAGAGGAUUAGGCUAAGAGAAGAGAUGCUGGUUCAAUUCCAAACUGGAACACUAUUCGGUUAUUUGAUCAUAACUGGAGUUGUAGAACUCGGAUUUAGGUCCACUUUAUAUGGAUGGAAAGAUAAGACAUAGACCUAAAACUUUCAUGAAGGGUCCAAAACUCAAUUCUGCCAUUUUCAAGUUCAAAUAUUAGCAACAACGGAGAAGUCGGAACCUGUCCUGCAGCUCAAACACUGUUCGGUUUUCAGCUCAUAUCUUGAGUUCUAGAAGUCCAAAUGAGCUCUGGUUUUUUUUGUUGGAAAGCUGAGACAAUUGCCCACAGCUUUCAUGGAACAAAGGGCUCAAAUUCUGAUGUUAGCAAUGACGUUUUGGCCAGCCAACAAUAUCAAAAAUCUGCCAACAAUUUCAAGAACCAGCAGCCAAUAAUGUCAAAAACCAGCCACCAAAUCAAUGGUUGGCCACCAACUAUUUCCUUAGUCCACCAAGCAAUAGUUCCACAUCUUAGCCUAUAAAAGGAGACAUUUGCCAUGUAUUUAGUCAUCUUGAUUUUCAGAUCAAGAUCAUGUUCUUGCUUUCUUUCUUUAUAUCUUUGUAAUGUUCAAGUUUUCUUUCAUGUUAUAUUAAUCUCUUGUUUAUGCUUUUCCAUUUCCUUUCCUAUAAUUAGUUAACUUAUAUCAUGUUUAUGUUCUUAUGUUGUUUAUUUAUGUUUUUCUUCUUCAUUAUGUUUAGCUAAGUUAAUUAUGUCAAGGUGAAAAGGUUUUACUAAUGGUGUUAGAAUAUGUAUAAUAUAAACUCAACAUGGACUUUAAUGUUUAUAUUCAAGAAAAAUUGUUAUUAGCAUGUCUUAUCUUUUUAUCUUAAUAAUCCUUAAUACCUUGCUUGUUAAAUGGUUAAUCUAGAUUUGUGUUGUAUAACACUUGGUACAUCAAAUGCUUGAUCCUUCAUAGUUUUCGGCCGACAUCGUUGUUAUGAUAGGAACUUGAUUUGUUGUUAACAUAAGCUAGCAACAUGAAUGCCUGAUGAUAUUUAUAAGUAUGGUGUUACUUAGACAAGAUAAUUAAUAUGAUCAUGUUAAUACUUUAUAAUGAGCCAUUAAUGAUAAAUCAUCCGAUUAGAACCUCCUUUGUGUGUGGUUUCUAGUUGAGUAAUAAAAAGAGUUUAUAUUAUAUUUAUUUGAAAUACCAUUAGUGAAUCCUCUAACCUUGACAUUUGUUUUUAUCAUUGUUUAAUCCUUACAUUAAUCUUCCAUCUCAAAGUUCUCAUUAAUUUCUUCCUCUUCUUCUUUUUAUUAUUAUUAUUACUACUACUACUACUACUACUAUUAUUAUUAUUAUUAUUAUUAUUAUUAUUAUUUACAUUCUUGUUAUAUGUUAUGUACGUUAAGUAUGCUCUGUGUUUGAUCAAGGAUCCUGACAUUGUUGGUCUUGCCUUAUUCAUUCGCAUCAGAAAUCUGUUUAUAUUAUAUAAUAUAUCUCUUUGAUCUUUUCAUAAAAUCAGUAUAUAGGCUGGAAACCUGUGACCCGAUCUUUUAGAUCAUUCUCAGGUAUAACAACGCCACGUACUGAGUAUUAUUAUUAUUAUUAUUAUUAUUAUUAUUAUUAUUGUUGUUGUUGUUGUUGUUGUUGCAUUGUUAUUUAUAAUUUAUACAAUUAACCUCUCUGUGGUUCGACCCCGGUCUUGCCGGGUUAUUUAUUACUUCGACACUCCUGCACUUGGGAGAAGACAUCAAUCUUUUGGUCGUGUCAAGUUUUUGGCGCCGUUGCCGGGGAGGUAAGUAUUGUAUCAAUUUUAUAUUUCUUUUAUUUUCUUUUGUUUUUUACUUUUAUUUGUUUUUCUAAUUUUGUUCCUUUUCUUUUUCUUUUUAUUUUUCUUUUCUUUUCUUUUGCACUUGCAUGAGAGUUUGGACACGUACAUUAAGUGGUAGACUUUCUAGGAAAUCCUCAUUUUCUUUACAAAACAUGGCCGAAGAAGAUAACCAGUCAAUUCAUAAUGAGAAUAAUGAGAAUAAUCAUGUGAGAACACUUAGAGAUCACAUGAAUCCAACAAGAACAAGUGCACCAUCAUGUAUAGUUUUUCCUCCUGAUGCUUCUCAUUUUAAUUUUAAGCCAGAACAAACUCUUUCAAAAGACAAAUCACCACUUUCACUCAAAAACCAGGAGAAACAUUUUACAAGUGUUGGGAUAGAUAUAAAGACUUGCUUAAUACCUGUCCUCAUCAUGGUUUUGAAACAUGGAGAUUGGUCUCACAAUUUUAUGAAGGGUUAACACCUAAAGAUAGACAAAUGGUGGAAUUGAUGUGCAAUGGAACUUUUGAAGAUAAAGACCCUGAUGAAGCAAUGGAGUACCUAGACUUGCUAGCUGAAAAUGCUCAAAAUUGGGACACCACAGGUACGUGUGAGGCACCAGGUAAAACUCAACCUCAUACAUCUAAUGGAGGCAUGUACAACCUUAGGGAAGAUCAUGACCUCCAAGCCAAAUUUGCAUCUUUAGCUAGAAAAGUUGAGGCACUAGAAUUAAAAAAGAGUGGUCAAAUAAAAUCUGUUCAAGAAAUUGUGUGUCAAAUUUGUGAAACUAAUGAACACUCAACCAAUGAUUGUCCAACUUUGCCUUCUUUUAAGGAAUGUUUCCAUGAACAUGCCAAUGCUUUAAACAAUUUUCAAUGGCAAAAUCAUGAUCCAUACUCACAAACGUACAACCCUGGUUGGAGAGAACACCCAAAUUUCAAUUGGAAGAGUGGUAACAAUAAUGCACAAACUUCACAACCACCAUUUCAAGCACAUCAUAAUUUUCAAAGUUCUCAUGGGUAUGCAUCUCCUUGUGUUCCCCCUCCUGGAAGAAAUCUUGAGGACACUUUAUAUGCAUUCAUUGAAAAGCAAGAGACAAUCAACACUCAACUUGCUCAAAGCAUGACAGAUUUUAAAGAUACUCUUGCAAAAUUCACAUCUGCUCUCAAUUUUCAUGAGAAAGGUAAGUUCUCAUCUCAACCACAGCAAAAUCCCAAAGGGCAAUACAAUUCAAAUGCAAGUAGUUCUGGAAGCCAACACAUGGAUCAAGUCAAAUCAGUCAUUACUCUCCACGGUGGUAAGGUUAUUGAAAAACCAAUUCUUGAACCUUGUGAGAAAGAUGAUGAGUCAAUCUCUGAGGGUAAGGAAGGGGUUAAACCUGAAUAUUUCAAAGAAAAGACUGAUUCCCCACCAGUACUUCCAUUUCCUCACGCCAUGACCAAGCAAAGAGAAGUCAAUCACGAUUCUGAAAUUUUUGAAACUUUCAAACAAGAAGAAAUCGAGGAUGAAAAAGGCACCGAAAAUGUUGUCGCGGAUCAUUUGUCAAAAUUGACAAUAGAUUCGACAUCUGACAUCACACUAAUUGAGAAAUACUUUCCUGGUCAAUCCUUACUUUCUCGUAGUCCGAUGCCUUGGUUUGCUAAUAUAGUUAAUUUUCUUGUUUCAGGACAUUUGCCAGCUCAUUGGAGUACCCAAGACAAAAGAAAGUUCUUGAACGAAGUGAAGAACUUUUAUUGGGAUGACCCUUACUUGUUCAAAUAUUGUCCUGAUCAAAUAUUUCGAAGAUGCAUUCCCGACAAUGAGGUAAGUAGUGUCAUUAAAUUUUGUCAUUCUGAGGCAUGUGGGGGUCAUUUCUCAUCAAAGAAGACAGCUGCAAAAAUCUUACAAAGUGGAUUUUAUUGGCCCACCAUGUUCAAAAACUCACAUGCAUUCUGCAAAACCUGUGAAAAAUGUCAAAAUGUGGGAUUUAUUUCAAAGCAUCGAGAGUCUUUAGUUAAUCUUCUAUUGACUCUUAAGUCUCAUCAUAGUGGAGAUAUGCAUCGUGCAAUUCAUGAUUUAUGGCCUCAUUUUCAUAAAGAACAUGAUCGACUUAGUCUUGGGAAUCUGACUAAAAAAGACCCUGUUUGUCAGUUUUUAAGAAAACUGGAUGGGAAGCCUAUCCCCGACCCAUAGAGGGCGUUUAAGCCGUUCUUGGACGUAAAACCAAGGGAAGAUGUGAGCCACAAUCACAGCUGCUUGUACAUACACAUGCUUUUUCAAAAAAAAAAAAAAAAAAAGAGAGAGAGAGAGAGAGUGAGACUCCAGCUAGCCUACAUAUAGGUGGUAUGAUUGCAUUUUCAAUUUCUCAUCUAUAAAAUCUUCUCUUCCUUCCCAUCAUUUCUACUCUACCCAUUCAUUUAAUAGAUAUAGAAGUGUGUAGAAAUGGCCAGUUCCUCUGUUCCUAAAAUAAAAACUAUUUGUGUUUUUUGUGGAUCCAAUCCUGGGAAAGAAAAAGAGUUUUUAGAAUCAGCAAAUCAUCUUGGUCGGGUACUAGCUGAGAGAAAGAUUCAUUUAGUGUAUGGGGGAGGUAGCCUUGGGUUAAUGGGGAGUGUUUCAAUAGCUGCAUUUUUAGGAGGCAGUCAAGUUUUGGGGGUCAUCCCCAAAGCUUUAGCCGAAGGGGACAUCAUUGGAAAAACAGUCGGAGAGGAACUACAGGUCUCCACAAUGUCUGAACGACUAUCUGUAAUGUUUAACCAUGCUGAUGCCUUUAUUGCUUUACCAGGUGGUUUGGGAACUUUAGAAGAGAUAUUUCAUAUUUCAUCUUGGGCUCAGCUGAACAUUCACCAGAAACCUAUAGGUUUGCUAAAUGUUAAUGGUUUUUAUAAUACUUUACUGUCUUUUCUUGAUCAUGCUGUGGAACAACAAUUUCUAACAUUUUCAGCGCGACAAAUCCUCAUCUCUGCUGCUACUGCUGAACAAUUGAUUGAUGAACUUCAAUCUUUCAUCCCUGUAGUUGAUUCCUCUAUGAGUCGACUUAAUUGGUCAAUCACGGAACGCCGUAAAAAGCUUAGAUUGGAUUUGAGCCUUAGUUUGUGAAAUAUUGUGUCUUUUGGUUUUAUUAAUGGUAUAUUAUUUGUGUUUUGUUGUUUCUUGUAUUUGUUUAAGUGUGUUUCAGGUUUGUCAGUAGUCGCUGUUUCAGGUGAUGUCUUCUAUACUCUAUCUUUCUACCUUACAACAUUGAGGACAAUGUCUCGUUUUGGUUGGGGGGAGAGGGUAGUAGUUGAUAUUACUAGUUGAUAUUACAAAAAAAAAAAAAAAAAUUAUUAACUAACUGUGUUUUCUAUUAUUACAACCAUUUGCAAACCUGUUGUUACUAGGAUGGCAGAGUAAAGGAUGAACUUUAGUGACUCUUGAGACGCAUCUUAGUAAACAUUCUUAACAAGGUCUAUUAUAAUACUUCUUGAAAUAUUCAGAUUUACAAACUCUCGCAUUGUUAUCACUUAAUUCUGCUCAUAUACUUAUUUAACAAGUAUUCUUAAACCUUCAUUUUCACACACACACUUUAACAUAUGAUUGUGGGUUGCAUAUUGGAUUAUUACAUUAUUUAUGUUCUUUUGUUAAAGGUAACAACUAAGGGAAAGGGACAGUAUAUAUAUAAAAACAAAAAAAAAAAAAAACAAAAAAAAAACAAAUAAAUAAAUAAAAAAGUAGAUAAGUUUGGUUUCGUAGCCUCCUUGACUUAAGCAAUUAAGCCCGAAGGGGUGUUUUAACACCUAGUACCCUAAAGUCAACUGACUUGGGAGCUAUUGGCCCAGUGCUUGUUACAUGGGUUAAGGAGAAAAGCUUAAGGGAAUCAAACAUUGCACUAUCUACGUGUCAGUAUCUGCAACCCGAGUUACUAAGCUCGUAGGGGUGUCUCAACACCUGAUGCCCUAAGACCAACUGGUCUGGGAGUCAUUAGCUAAAAGCUCGUUACAUGGGUUCAAGAUACAUUGUAUUAUAAAUUCUUGCUUUCAAAAAAAAAAAAAAAAAAAAAAAAAAAAAAAAAACAAAAGAGAUAAUAAUCCCAACCCAAGGAAGUUAACCUUAAACAUUGGAACAAAAAUUUUGUUUUCUUCCAUGAAAAGCUCCAUAGCUAUGUUUUGAUUUACUGAGCACAAAAAGAAGGUUUAUUAAUAUCUUGUUUAAGAAGUAUGAAGCAGAUAUAUAAAUUUAAUGAGAGUUUGUUUAUUUGGAUAGAUUAAUGGAAGUUAAAUGAUGAAUACCUUGCUUUGUGGAACUUGCAAAUUGUUUUUGUAUUUUAACGCUUUGAUUACUAGGGACUAGUAAUAAGCUGGUUGGGGGGUGUGAUUAGUACUUAAAAGUGCAUUCUCAUUAAGGCUUUAUAUCAUCGUAUUGCACUAAAGUAUCGUUAAAUUCCCUAACUAAAGCAUGUUUUAUAAUAACAAGUCUAAUAAUAUAAUAUAUCUUUAAUUUAUGGUAAAUGCUUGUUUUGAAUGCAGGUAUAUCUCACAAUUCAAAGGAUUGAUUGCUGUGAUUAACAAUUGAAAGUGAAGAGACAAAAAGAGGAUUAGGCUAAGAGAAGAGAUGCUGGUUCAAUUCCAAACUGGAACACUAUUCGGUUAUUUGAUCAUAACUGGAGUUGUAGAACUCGGAUUUAGGUCCACUUUAUAUGGAUGGAAAGAUAAGACAUAGACCUAAAACUUUCAUGAAGGGUCCAAAACUCAAUUCUGCCAUUUUCAAGUUCAAAUAUUAGCAACAACGGAGAAGUCGGAACCUGUCCUGCAGCUCAAACACUGUUCGGUUUUCAGCUCAUAUCUUGAGUUCUAGAAGUCCAAAUGAGCUCUGGUUUUUUUUGUUGGAAAGCUGAGACAAUUGCCCACAGCUUUCAUGGAACAAAGGGCUCAAAUUCUGAUGUUAGCAAUGACGUUUUGGCCAGCCAACAAUAUCAAAAAUCUGCCAACAAUUUCAAGAACCAGCAGCCAAUAAUGUCAAAAACCAGCCACCAAAUCAAUGGUUGGCCACCAACUAUUUCCUUAGUCCACCAAGCAAUAGUUCCACAUCUUAGCCUAUAAAAGGAGACAUUUGCCAUGUAUUUAGUCAUCUUGAUUUUCAGAUCAAGAUCAUGUUCUUGCUUUCUUUCUUUAUAUCUUUGUAAUGUUCAAGUUUUCUUUCAUGUUAUAUUAAUCUCUUGUUUAUGCUUUUCCA